AUGUCAGUUGAGUCGUUGUAUGUCGCUGUGAUUCUUUCGGAGAUGUUCCAAAACUUUCGAAGGCAGCAGGAGGUGGUGGAACACCCAAAGAAAAGGCUCGGUGUUGAUGUCCGCAAAGGCACUGGUUAUGUGGCUCUGUCGGACUUGCCAGAUGAUGAAGAGGUCAGAAAGGGAACAGGUUUCCUACACCCCUCAGACUUGCCUGAUAGUGAUGAUGAAGAAGAGGUCCGCAAAGGCACUGGUUAUGUGGCUCUGUCGGACUUGCCAGAUGAUGAAGAGGACUUGCCUUCAAGAUCGGUCUCAAUUCAGGCAGAGGGAGAACAAGGCCAGCCCAAACCAAAAGUGCGCCAAGACACUGGCAGCGUCUCAAUGUCCGAGCUGGGAGAACUUGAGGAGGGUUCUGUGAGCUUCAACUUGACAUCGAAGGCUGGACAAAGCAGUGGAGAACCAAAAGAAAAGGUUCGCAAAGGCACGGGCUUUGUCAGUCUGUCGGACUUGCCACCUUCUGACGAUGAGGAUGUGGCCCCAAGUGUGUCCUUCCAGGUCAAUGAAGGUGGUGGGCGGCCAAAAGCCAAAGCAGCAGUUCGUAAGGGCACUGGCUUUGUGGAUGCUUCCGAAAUACUUGACGAAGAGGAAGAUGAGGAUAAUCGUGUGAAAUUUGAGGCAGGAACUGACACCGGAGAAGCGAAAGUGCAAAAGGUGAAGAAGGCCCGUCGCGACACGGGUUUUGUCAGCCAUUCCGACAUCCCAGACGAGGAAGAAGCGGUCACCGCCGAUGCGGUGCUGAAAGGCUCCAAACAGAAGGCGAAAGGUGCUGUCUUCGUGGAUCCCAACGACCUGCCAGAUGAUGCGGAGGACGGCGUGAGAUUCAAUCUGCCUGCCGAAGCUAAGACGGCUAAGACCAAGCCAGUUGGGCCCAAGGUCAAGGCACGUCGAGGAACCGGCUUCGUGCAGGAGUCAGAGCUCGAGGACGCUGACGCAGUGAGCUUCUUGCCCUCCAGCGGAUCGCCACCUGGAAAGGCCAAGAAAGGCACUGGCUUUGUAAAUCUUGCAGAUUUACCUCCUUCCGACGAUGAGGAUGAUGCCGCCGCCAGGGUGUCCUUCCAGGUUGAUGAAGGCAGCGUGAAACCAAAAGCGAAGAAAGCAGUACGCAAGGGCACUGGCUUUGUCGAUGCUUCCGAAAUACUUGACGAAGAAGAGGAAGAUGAGGAGCAACGUGUGAAAUUUGCAGCAGGAACUGAUGGAGAGGUAAAGGCCAAGGUGAAGAAGGCGCGUCGAGGAACCGGCUUCGUGCAGGAGUCAGAGUUGCCGCCGGAUGACAGCCAGGAGGGUUCUGUCAGCUUUGACUUGCCAGCCCAGGCGAAGCAAACCAGCGAAAUGCCAAAGGCAAAGGUCCGCAAAGGCACUGGCUUCGUAAAUGUUGCGGACUUGCCUGUUUCCGACGACGAGGAGGAGGUUACCACUCGCCCGUCCUUGAAGGCGAAGAAAAGUGGCGCUGCCGUGGUGAGUCCCAAUGACUUGCCACCAGAUGAGGAUGAAGAUGCGGAGGCGCCUCGAGGAACCGGACUUGAGGAGGCGUCUGUGAGCUUCGACUUGCCUGUCCAGGCCAAGCAGAGCAGUGAACCCAAAGCAAAGGUCCGUAAAGGCACUGGCUUCGUCAAUGCUGGAGACUUGCCUGUUUCCGACGAGGAGGAGGAGGAGGUUACCAGAAGCGCAUCCUUCCAGGCCAGAAAGGGUGGAGCUGUUGUGGUGAAUACAAAUGAUUUGCCACCAGAUGACGACGAGGAAACGGAGGAACGAGGCGUGAGAUUCAACACGGCCAGCAAGGCUGAAACAGCGCAACCCAAGGCCAAGGCACGUCGAGGCACUGGCUUCGUGCCAGAGUCCGAGCUGCCGGACGACGACGAGGAGUUCGAAGACGACUUCGAAGAGGAGUCAGGAGGUGAAGAGAGUCCCUAG